AAUCAACCCUAUUCUAUAGCUUUUCUAACCUAUCUAGGUCCUGUUCAUGUCCCUGUCUACUGAUUUCGUCUGUUCCCUGCAGCCUGAGACAGCUGCAUUGUCCCCACCACCAUCACCACCCUCAUCACCAAGCGUCAAGGCCAAGCCAAAAUGGAUUAUUGGAGUCUGUGCAAUGGACCAGAAGGCAAGAUCUAAGCCAUGCCAGAAUAUAUUGAACCGUUUGAUCCAGCAUGGAGAGUUUGAAACGGUUAUUUUUGGAGAUAAGGUGAUCUUGGAUGAAGAAAUAGAGAAUUGGCCAUGGUGUGAUUUUCUUAUAUCGUUUUUUUCGUAUGGAUUUCCACUGGAUAAAGCUAUUAGUUAUGUAAGAUUGCGUAGGCCAUUUUGUGUAAAUGACCUGCCAAUGCAGAAGAUUCUAUGGGAUAGAAGGGUAGUUAUGUCUAUUCUUGAUGCUAUUAAUGUAUCUACGCCGUAUCGGGUAGAAUGUUCAAGAGAUGGGGGACCAAAGAUUGAAGAAGGGUUAGCAGAGAAGCUUUUUGUAAAAUUUGGGAUUAGAAGCAAUGUUAGAAGGGGAAUUAGUAGUCUUAAAUGUAUUGAUGAGGAUACGAUUGAUAUUGAUGGGAAAAUUAUGAAAAAACCAUUUGUUGAAAAGCCAGUAGAUGGGGAAAAUCAUAAUAUACAUAUAUAUUAUCCAAAAAGCAAGGGAGGAGGAGGAAGGAGAUUGUUUAGGAAGAUUGGUAACAAGUCAUCAGAAUUUGAUCCAGAGUUAUCAAUGCCUCGUACAGAUGGAUCAUAUAUAUAUGAACAGUUUAUGGAUGUGGACAAUGCAGAGGAUGUUAAGGUAUAUACGGUUGGACCGCAUUAUUUCCAUGCAGAGACACGAAAGAGUCCAGUAGUUGAUGGAUUAGUUAGACGAAAUACAUAUGGAAAAGAAAUUAGAUUUGUGACGAAAUUAUCAGAGAAAGAAUGUGAAAUGGCUAAGAAAAUAUGCCAGGCAUUUUCUCAAAUGAUAUGUGGUUUUGAUUGUUUGAGGGUAAAUGGGAAAUCAUAUGUUAUUGAUGUAAAUGGAUGGUCAUUUGUUAAGGAUAACAAUGAAUACUAUGAUAAUACGUCACGUAUUUUGAGACAAACAUUUAUAGAUGCAGCUCGUAAGAAGAAGCCAAGAAUUCCAUCAAUUGGCCAUACAAUUUCAUCAUUAUCAUUGGAGCAAAAUUCAUGGAGGAUCAAAGGCAUGUUUUCAGUGUUACGUCAUGCAGAUCGUACACCAAAGCAGAAGUUUAAGUUUUCUUUUAAGAGUAGACCGUUUGUAGAGCUUCUACAAGGUCAUACUGAUGAAGUAAUCUUAAGAAAUGAGGAACUUAAGAUGGUAGUGUCUGCUACAGAAAAAGCAAAGCAAGAGAAUUGUGAAGACAUGGAGAAAUUGAAUCAAUUGCAUAAUGCAUUGUUAAAGAAGAUAGAAUUUCCUGGAACUAAGGUCCAGAUCAAGCCCAAUUACUCUAUGGAGACAGGAAAACUUGAAAAAAUUCAAGUUAUUUUAAAAUGGGGUGGUGAAUUUACCCAUUCUGCUCGUUAUCAGUCCAAGGAUUUGGGGGAAAAUAUAAGAAAAGAUGUUAUACUAAUGAAUUCUGAUUGUCUUGACGAUGUAAAGGUUUUUACAAGCUCAGAGAGAAGAGUUAGUGCUAGUGCUGAAAUAUUUGCAAUGGCUUUUCUUGAUAAAGAGGAACUUCCACCUGGUUUUCUUGAAGUUAGAAAAGAUCUUUUAGAUGAUACAAAUGCUGCUAAGGAUAAUAUGGAUAGAGUUAAAAAGAAACUAAAAACAUUAUUAAGAGAUGAUUUGCCUGCACGACCACAGUUUACAUGGCCUAAGGAUGUUCCAGAACCCAAUGAGGUUAUGCGAGAGGUUGUUGAGCUUAUGAAAUUUCAUAGAACAGUGAUGCAACAUAAUUUUUCAGUGUUUUCUGAUAAAUUGGAUACAUUUCAGACAAGAUGGUGCUGUAAUGAGAAUCCCUUUUUGUUCAGGGAACGUUGGGAGAAGUUAUUUUGUGAAUUUUGUGAUUCUGAGAAGGCUGAUCCCUCAAAAAUAUCAGAAUUAUAUGAUACAAUGAAAUAUGAUGCAUUGCACAACAGGCCAUUCUUAGAUGCAAUAUUUCUACCAAAAGAUUAUCAUGAUUUUAACAAGACAGAGAAAGUAUUGUCUGGUGAUAGGGAAAAUGGAACACCUAGAGAAAUAGGUGGCCCUAAAAUGCUUCCAGGACUUGAGAAACUUAGAAAAUUAUAUCGUUUAGCUAAAAUUUUAUUUGACUUUCUGAGUCCACAAGAAUAUGGAAUUGAGAAUGAAGAAAAGCUAGAUAUUGGACUUUUAACUAGUAUGCCAUUAUUAAAGAAGCUUAUUAAGGAUAUUAAUGAAACUAAAUCAUCAACAAGUGCUAGAUGUUAUUUCUAUUUUACAAAAGAAUCACAUAUUUAUACUCUUCUCAAUUGUAUAUUUGAAAGUGGGAUUCCAACUAAGAUUUCAAGAAAUGAAAUUCCUGAAUUAGAUUAUCUUACACAAAUAAACUUUGAAUUGUUUGAGCGUACUACAAAUUCAAACAUUGGAACAAAAGAACACUCUGUUAGAAUUACAUUAUCUCCUGGUUGUCAUUCUCAAGAUCCUCUAUAUAUGCAAUUGGACGCAAAACAUUGUAUUAGUGUUGCGCCAAGGAAAUCUUUGACAAAACACUUGGAUUUACAAGAAAUUUGUGGGAAAAUUGAGGAAAAGUUUCAGAGAGUUGAUCUUUCAAAAAGAUUUACACCUCAUAUUUCAAAAUAGAAGGGUAUGUUUUAACAAAUUAUAAUUUUUAUAUUAAAUAU